AUGGCUUCGUCACAGUCAAAUAUUUAUUCUCCAGGGCAAUUUAUGAACCCAGGUCCUGCCCCUCGCCCUCCUGUCGAUCGCCAACCUGCUCGCUUGAACUUUACUCCUUCUACUGCCAAUGUGCGGGGCAACAUGGCCAACUUGAACAUUUCUUCCCCAGUGGCCCCGGCUUUGGGAUAUUCCUCUACCUUCCCCGUCGGUGGCUCGAGCACUUCUCUUCCGCUAUCUAAUACGCCAUCAAAUAACAGCGGCUUCGGCGGUGUGGCUAUCGUCAAAGAAGGCCUUGCCAAGGUCAAAGAAGAUGGAAUAAGGGGUUUUUAUUGGUCCACGAGAAAACUGAUCCUCCGCGACAGCCAGCUGGAUUUCCACAAAAAUGAAACUUCUCCAAAGAUUGCCUUUACCAUCUCCCUCAGGGAUGUGACAAGCGUCAAUCGGAGCGAAACACUUAAGUUUGCAUUCGAAAUCAAUCGCGUUGCAAAUCCAGUAAACGGGACCCUCUCGCCAGUCGCGCUGCGUGACCUACCCCAGAAAACCGUCACUUGCCAGGUCUCCUCGGACGAUGAAACGUACGAUUGGAUCGAUGAGAUAUACAAUCGGUGCCCAAGUAUCGGUGGAGUCAGCCAGCCGACCAACUUUUCUCACCGCAUUCACGUUGGCUUUGACCCCAAGUCGGGAGCUUUCGUGGGGCUGCCUGAUGAAUGGGAACGGUUACUGACUGCUUCAGCUAUUACCAAAGAGGACUACCUGAAAAGCCCGCAGGCUGUCAUUGAGGUCUUGGAAUUCUACUCCAACAUCAAUGAGCGUGCACAGCACCCAGAGGAGUAUGCCUCUUUGACACCAACCCCUCCAGUGCACGUUGGUAAGAACAAGCAGCUUGGGCAUGGUGGUUCAUCGCUCAAUGUCGCUCCACCACGUCCGAGUCCCCAACCGGCUGGCAACGGUCAACCCGUUCGUGCGCCGCUGAUGAGGUCAGACACGGAGCCACUGGCACCUGGCCAUCGCAGACCGUCAGCGCCGGGCCCGCUGCAACAUGCUACCUCGUUCAACGCAAACGACUAUUCCGAAGAGGAGCGGCGUCGCAUGAUGGACGAAGAAGCGCGUCGAGUGAAAGAAAUGCGAGAGAAGAAGGAGCAGCAACAGCGCGAGGCAGAGCUAGCUCAGAGACGGCGCGCCGAAGAUGAGGAGUACAAUGCAUCUCUUCCUCAAACGCGGCAGCCGGGCGCUAAGCAGGAAUUGAUAAUGAUGGGUGGCGGAGGCGGCGGAGCAGGUUCCGCUUCUCCUGCUCGUUACAAUCCCUCGAGGCCUGCGCCGGCUGCGCCAAAGAAUUUGAAUCCACAGCGACCGGCACCAUCUGCACCGAACCCGGCUGGCACUGCGAAUGCGGCAAACGCAAAGACGCCCCAGGGCCCGAAGAACUUGCCAACCGGCGCCGAAGCUAAAAAGUCUCCUUCUCCCGUUCGUGCUCCGGGAGAUCAUACGAGACAGCCCUCUCCUCGACCCUCAAAGCCGCAGACCAAUGGCCAGACUCAGCCUUUUCCUCGACUUCCUGUCAAUGUCAGCGGUAAUUCCCAGCCAGCAUCUCGUCUACCUACCCCGGUGCAUGCUCCCAAGCCAUUGAACGUGCCGCAAAAACAACCAGCAGGAGGAGCUUCACAACAAUCUGCUGCUAUUAAGCAAGCGGAGAGAGAUCUUGAGAGAAAGGACCCUGCCCCACCGCGCGAGAAGGAUGUUCGCAUGUCAAGCAUGACAGAGAAUCAGGUCAUGGACAAAUUGCGGCAGGUGGUCUCGAAAGACAAGCCCUUGGACUCGUAUUACAAGCAGAAAAAAAUUGGUCAGGGUGCAUCAGGAUCUGUCUACGUUGCUCGUGUUCGUAGUGACGCGCCAUCAAGAGCCGCACGUCAAGUCUUGAGGGAUCAUGCAGAGCAUGGUCAGGCUGGAUCUCGACCUCAGGUGGCCAUCAAGCAAAUGGACUUGCGUCACCAGCCUAGAAAGGAGCUGAUUGUGAAUGAAAUCAUUGUCAUGAAAGAUAGCAAAAACCCCAACAUUGUCAACUUUAUCGACGCGUUCCUUCAGGAGGAAGACAAUGAACUGUGGGUUGUCAUGGAGUACAUGGAGGGUGGUUCGCUCACCGAUGUUAUCGACCACAAUCCUCUCAUAACCGAGCAGCAAAUUGCAACCAUUUGCCACGAGACCUGCAAAGGCUUGGAGCAUCUACAUUCGCAGCACAUCAUCCACCGUGACAUCAAGAGUGACAACGUCCUCUUGGAUGCCCGAGGAAACGUUAAAAUUACCGACUUUGGUUUCUGCGCGAAGCUUACCGAGCAAAAGAGCAAGAGAGCUACGAUGGUCGGCACGCCCUAUUGGAUGGCACCGGAGGUAGUCAAGCAAAAGGAAUACGGUCCCAAGGUUGAUAUUUGGUCGCUCGGUAUCAUGGCCAUUGAGAUGAUUGAGUCUGAGCCGCCAUAUCUCAACGAGGAGCCACUCAAAGCCUUGUUCCUUAUCGCCACCAACGGUACUCCUCGACUCAAGAAACCCGACAAGCUCAGCAAAGAGCUCAAAGCAUUCUUGUCCGUUUGUCUCUGUGUGGACGUGAAGAGCCGAGCUACUGCAACUGAGCUUCUCAAUCACUCCUUCUUGCUUAGUGGUUGCUCUCCCGCAUCCCUCGCCGACUUGUUGCGCUUCCGGAAGCAGGCUGGGCAUUGA